GUCCUCCAGUGGCUUGCAAGCCAAGUAGAUGCAAGCAAAGAUUUUAAGAUCUGCAUCACCCGGGACAACCUCAUCCAAAGAGGCCUAAUUCAGUGGCAGAGACAGAAGAAGGGCUCCCCUGUCAACAAACUCAAUGUGACUUUCAUUGGUGAAGCUGGAAUCGACACUGGAGCAUUAAGCAAAGAAUUUUUGACUGGUAAUGUAUCUUUUAUGACAAUCUCUCGCACCAAACACUACUGAAAUCAGGUUCAUAGGUACAAUAUUUUUUAUUUACUGAACUGUGUUUUCUGUCAUCAUUUAUUGUAUUUAGAAAUGAUGCAUGGCAUUGAGAGGCGAUUGUUUGAGGGCAGUGGCAAGAAGGGAAAGAGUCCUGUCUACUCUAUGUGUGACCUAGAAAAUGGUUUCUACAGAACUGCAGGAGAAGUGUUUUCUGUCAGCUUAGCUCAGGGUGGCCCAGCACCAUGCUUCUUCAGAAAUUGGUGUUACCAGUUUCUUGCAACAGGGGAUUUUGAUGCUCUGCAGCUGACCAAAGAUGAUGUGGAUGAUCUUGAAUAUGCUUUACUCAUCGAAAGGGUGGAGGCAGCAACUGAUCUGACACAGUUGACAGAUGAAAUCGUGAGUUGUGGUUACACUGGUGUGCUAAAGAUGGACCGAAAGGACAGUAUCAUAAGAGCCAUUGUUCUGCAUGCUACAAUGCGUCUGACUCCUAUGCUUCAGCAAAUUAGAAAUGGGAUGAAGAUCUACAACCUUCUGGAUGUGAUUGGGAAGCAUCAAACUCUCUGCUCAAGCCUGUUUGUCCCCAAAGAGGACGAUGACAGACCGGAUGCUGAUUACAUAAUGAGUAUCCUAGUGCCUGAGCUGAGUGAGAAGGGAAGUCCAAGGCAAGCAAGAGAAAAUGCCAUCAUCAACUUCCUCCAGGACUUUCUACAAGACCUAGAAAUCACAGGUCAGAAUGAAGACCAGAAAAUGUGUGAGCCUCUGACCCAAGAGGAGCUGCUAAGUGAAGGGCACUGGAAUCAACAAAAACACGCAAGCCUGUCUGUCCCAACAGUAAUGCAGUGGUUAACUGGACAAAGGCACAAGCCCCUUCUUCCAUCAGAGAGGGCAGAUUUUAAAAUAAAUCUAAGAUUUGAACACCACUGUAAUGAGAAAAUGCCUGGUCACCACAUGUUUCCCACUUGUAAGUGCCUGCACAAAUACAAUAACUAUUCCUGUCGAACAUAUGAAAACAUACACAGAGUUCAGAGAUAUAAUGACAGUAGCAAUCAGAAUGGGUAGAGACUUCAGUCGUGUGUAGAGGUCAUGUUUUGUGACCACUGAUGUUUACUUGAAAGUCAGCCAGUAUUGUGAAUUUUUUUUUUUGCAUUUUUGUUAAAUCUGUUCAGUGAGCUAUUUAUUGUUCUGAGAGAGUCUUAAAAAAAUACAGAUAGCAUAACCCUAACCAUAAAAACAGCUCAAUAUUA